GCAACCGCCAAGCGGCUGGCGGCGCCGCCUCUGUGGCCAAUAGAGGCCAGAUUGGCGGCGCUGCUCCCCGACCUACUGGUCUUCAGGAAGCCCAGGGGAUCCGAACCCGAGCUCGCCACGGCCCAGGGCGUCCUCCUUGGCGUCCACGUGACGGGUGAGGGCGAAGGGAGACGCGUCGCUCUCCCGACCUGCUGGAGGGCUUCUGCUCGUCUGGGCCGCGGCGGUUACGGGCGUGGCCCCGGGGUGAGCUAAGGCGGAGUGUGUCUGCACUUUUCGCCGCCUCCGCCGAAAACUAGAGGGCCAUUUGCAGAGCAGGAGGACGCCUUUUCGGACGACCUGGCGUAGCCCUGGAAUUCACUUCAGCGACGAUGUAAUUGAGACACAGGGGAAAGGAUUUUUCAGGGUCAUAUGGCAGGCUUUGAACCCAAGUUUUUCCCAACCUUGAGCGUUUUCCAUUAAAUAUUCUGCUUCAUCCGGUGGUUCUGUUUGCUCAGUUAAUUCCUAUUUUGGGUCUGUAAGUAAAUGCCGGUCAUUGUUCUAGCAGAGGGGCUUCGCAGGUGGCGUUAGUGGUACUGCUUGCCAAUGCAGGAGAUAUAAGAGACCUUGGUUUGAUCCCUGGGUGGGAAAGAUCCAUAAGAGGAGGGCACGGCAACCCACUCCAUUAUUGUUGCCUGGAGAAGCCCAUGGACAGAGGAGCCUGGCGGGCUGUAGCCCAUAGGGUUAUAAAGAACUGGAAAGGACUGAAGUGAUUUCACAUGCAUGCACAACUGCUAUGAAUAACAGAUAUUUAUGGAGCUAAGUGUGUCACGGAUAUGAAAAUGAGUGAUUCAGGUGUCUGUCCUCGAAAAGCUCUCCGUAAGUUUUCCAUAAGGCUUUAAUGCAUUCUCCUUGUCAGUAGUUUCUCUAUCCCUCACGUGGGGCAGGAGGGAUCCCACGGUGUCCUUGGGCCAGGAAGCCUUAAGAAGGUAUAAUGGGAAAGCAGUAACUGGAUUCCAAAGAAAAAGGGCUCUCGUGGAUGAGUCUUCACCGUGGGUAGCUCCUAGAAACGGGGGAGGGUGGCCCUCUGGUCUCCCAGACGGAGCAGCAACCAGUCUGGCCCUGAGUACUUGCUCAGUAACAUCAUGUUAAAUGAUAAUGAAAUGACUCAUCUUGAAAAGAUCUUUGGUUUUACUGGCCUGAUGUGUGGAGGGAAUAGAGCCUAAAAGUUUAGGAUUUGCAGCUAACAUAGUGAUUUUUGCUUUGGUGGUCAGGGUUUACAGCAUUAAUGGACAGGUUCAGCCUGAGCUGCAAGUUGGAACAUGACAUGGACAGACUGGCCCGCAUCUUCAGUUAUUACAUUAGUGACAUCGUGGAGCAUGUGCUCUGUUUUGGAGGAGAUAUCCUAAAUAUCACAGGGAAUGUACUCCUAGCACUCUGGACGGUGGAACAAAAUCAACUGAGUGACAUCAUUACUCUGGUGGCAAAAUGCAGUCUCGAGAUACAGGAGAAAUUUGGGAUCUACCAUACCAGAGAAGGCCAGGACCUGCAGCUAAAGAUAGGUCUGUCUGCAGGUCGGAUUUCCCAGGUUAUUGUUGGAGAUGAGCAGCGACAGUACCUCUUGGUGAUUGGGCGGGAUGUCGAUGGUGUCCAGUUAGCUCAACGGUUGGCUCAGGCAAAUGAGAUUGUCCUGUCCUGGAACUGCUGGAAGCUCUGUGAGCAGUACAUGUUUGAAGUGGAAAUCAUGAGGGAGGAUGAAGCUGUGAAGUUAAGAGAUAUGCGGAUCAUUGACCCAUUUGAUUUUGAUGAGCAUUUUUACAAGUGCCUCGAUUAUCUGCCACAUUACCGGACAAGUGCUGGUAAGUUACUUUGUCCUUUAUUAUACUACCCAUGCCCAUUUCAAAGAUUAAUUUUCUGCAUGGCUGGAGACAUUUUAUUUGCUUUCCUUCUCUCAGACAUUCUAAGAACCGCCCUGGAGUUGGAUCCAGAUUCUGCACUUGAGCAAACCCUGCGGAAGCACAUAAUGAAAAACCUUUUGAAGAAGAUUGAUGAAGGCCAGCCUAUGGAGUACAUAUCUGAAUUCCGUACUGUGACUAUAGUUUUGGUCAGCCUCGAGUUCCACAAGACAGCGUGGAUGUUGCAUUUGUGUCAUCUUAUCCAGGAGGCUGCGUUGUACAUCUCCACAGUGAUAGAGAAAGAGGGUGGCCAGCUGAGCCGGAUCUUUAUGUUUGAGACAGGCUGCAUGUUCCUCUGUGUUUUCGGCCUUCCUGGGGAUAAGAAGCCAGACGAGUGUGCACACGCCCUGGAGAGCUCCUUCAACAUCUUCAGCUUCUGCUGGGAGAAUCUUGCUGAAACCAAGCUUGUUUCCAUCAGUAUCACCAAUGGACCAGUAUUCUGUGGCAUGGUUGGGGCAGUUUCAAGACACGAAUAUACAGUUAUUGGCCCAAAAGUAAGCCUCGUGGCAAGAAUGAUAACUGCUUAUCCGGGUUUGGUGUCCUGUGAUGAGGUAACAUAUCUGAGAUCUAUGCUACCUGCUUACAACUUCAAGGAACUCCCAGAGAAAAUGAUGAAAAACAUCUCUAACCCAGGGAAGAUAUAUGAAUACGUUGGCCAUAGAAGAUGUAUAAUGUUUGGGAAGAGACAUUUGGCCACAGAGAGAAAUAAAAAUCACUCUUUGCUAGACCGGGAGAAAGAACUGGAAGCUUUCCGAAUGGCACAGCAGGAAUGUUUGCACCAGAAGAAGGGACAGGCAGUUCUAUAUGAAGGUGGAAAAGGCUGUGGAAAAAGUCAGCUCUUGGCUGAAAUAAACUUCCUGGCCCAGAAGGAAGGGCACAGGGUGUUGCCAUUGAAGCUGAAGAAAGCAGAUUCCAAGCAGUGCUUCUACGCCAUCCAGACCCUCAUGGCCAUCUUCUUUGAGAUUGAUACAUGCCCAGCCCAUUACCGGCAAGAGCGCCUCCACAAACAGCUCUGUGGGAUAGUGGAGGAACCACUUCACUGCCUUUUUAAUGACCUCUUCUUUGUGAAGUUUCCCUUAUCCUUCAAGGUUUCACACAUGGAUGACCUGGCCAGACAACAGAAGAUUAAAACAUGUUUUUUUGAAGUGCUUCAGAAGGCAGUAAGGGAAACACCGCUGAUUUUCCUCAUUGACGAGGCCCAGUAUAUGGAUGCAGCUUCCUGGGAGUUUUUGGGAACAUUGCUCUCUGGUGUGCCCAUCAUCGUGCUGAUGACAUUGACCCCUACCUCCACGCUGUGUGGCCAGGCCCAGCACUUCCUGCAGAGCCCUCCAGCUGUCCUGGUGCCCAUUUCGAAGUUGGCAGCGACCUCACUGUUGAGAAUGGCAUGUUGGGAACUGGGGGUGGUGAGCAUCCCCCAAGAGCUGCAGAUCUACCUUCUCCGCAGGUGCUUUGGAAACCCCCUUUACUGUGAGGUCUUAUGCCAGGAUCUUCUCUCUAAAAACAUAUUGUGCUUUCAUGACCUCCAAAAGGAGGAAGUGGAGAACAGCAAGUGGGAGACCCUCUCAGCCAAUGCCAUGAAAUCCACAAUGUACAGUAUUUCUCCUGCCACCUCUGAAGACCAGGAACUUUACGUCUGCACAGUCAAGGAUGACGUGAACUUGGAUACAGUGCUCCUUCCACCAUUAUUAAAAGAAAUAGCAGUGAACCAACUAGAUCAACUGAGCCCAGAGGAACAGUCGCUGGUUAAAUGUGCUGCAGUCAUUGGUCACUCCUUCCACAUAGAUCUGCUGCAGCACCUCCUGCCUGGCUGGAGUAAAAAUAAGCUACUUGAGGUACUGAAGGAUCUUGUGGAUGUACACGUGCUCCGCUGGUGCAGUAAGGGCCAAGAGCUUCCUGCUGAGCUAAUGUUAGUGCCUUCCUCUGUUGAGACUGAGCAUACCAAAGAGGAGACAAAGUCAGAUGCUGACUCUCCGCUAAGGCUACUAGAGGAACUAUCCCUACCUCCGACAGAGGUGCUUGAAUUUGGAGUGCCUCUUUUGCGGGAAGGGGCUUGGGAGCUGUGGCCCAAGGCACAGCAAACAGCCCUACACCUUGAAUGUGCCUGCUUUCUUCGAGAUCUGGCCUGCCGCUGUGGGAGCUGUCAGGGGGGAGACUUUGUUCCCUUCCACCGUUUCGCCGUCUGUUCCACUAAGAGCUCCAGCGGGACCUCCCGAUUCUGUAGCUACAAAGACACUGGCUCAAUACUAACACAAGUGAUCACAGACAGAUUGCAGCUGCCUUCUCCCCAAGACACUUUUCAGUUCCAGACAGAAUCAUCCAGAAGUCAGGAGGCCUUCACAAGGGAAUACUGCGGAACAGAGGAAGAGUUCCUGGAUAAAGUGAACAGGAAACUGGCUCAGACCAAUCCCAAGAAAGGCAUGUUGACCAUGAAGCCCUGCCACUGUAGGGAAGUCCUGAAGCGCGUGCUCUCGCCCCUCACCCAGCACUGCCUGGUCAUUGGAGAAACCACUUGUGCAUUUUAUUACCUGCUGGAAUCUGCCGCUGCCUCCUUGGAUCUGUCAGAUAAUUACAUGGCCUUCUUUUAUUUGAGGAAGGCAAGCAGUCUUCUGGGCCAACCCUCCGCAUUCUCAUUUUUUAAAAAGCGCAAGGUGAAGAUCUGUCAGUUUGAAGAAGCCACUUUCUGUCGUCUCCAGUCGGAGGUCUGUUUCAACAUGGGACAGAUCACCCUGGCCAAAAAACUGGCUAGGCGAGCCCUUCGUCUGCUGAAAAGGAGUUUUCCCUGGACCUGGCUUGGUGUCAUUUUCCAAACAUUUCUAGAAAAAUGCUGGUAUUCCUGUUCCCUGAGUCAACCUCGAAACAACCCUAGUGAGAAGAAGAAGAAGCUGGCCGUCCUGCAGCAGCAGCUGCACUGUCUGUCUCUGCUCCGGCAGCUCUACAGCCUGGAGGCCACAGCCAGCAGCCGCAGGUUUGCCUGCCUGGCCACUCUUAUGCAGAAGAACUCAGUCAAGGAGUUUCCUGGUGAAGCCCAGGCUGUCUCCACCUAUGUGGCCCUCUCCCAGUUCUCCCAGAACGUGGGUGACAAGGAUGAGUGGCUGCACCGUGAGCAGCUGGCCAUUCAGAAAAGCAGCCUGUGUUGGUUCUCCAGGGAGGGGCUGUUGGCCACAGCCCAGCUCAUGCAGGCCUUGGCCUACACCAAACUCUGCCUUGGGCAUCUCGACUUCUCCAUCAAGCUGGGUUUUCAAGCUCAUGAGAUAUGCAGACACCUCAAGAAACCAGCUCUGGAGAAUCUGGUUCUCUCAGUUCUCUUCAGAUCUGCAUUUCUGAAGAAGAAAUUUGAUCUGUGUGUCCAUGUGCUGGAGAGUCAGUGGGCGCUCAUUUCCCAGAGUCACGAUGUCCUUGGCCAGGCCUGCUUCUAUUCUGCUUGCUUAGAUCUGCUGCUCUAUGGAAAAGGAUGGCUGUGUCGGCCCUUUGGGGAAUGUCUGCAUUUCAUUCAACACUAUGAGCACAGCUGCAUUCUAAAUUCUCAGAGCAAUGUCAUGCUGGGGGUCCACUCCUCUCUGGCCAUGUGGUUUGCCCAGGACUCACAGUGGAAUCAGUUUGAGUACCACUUCUCCAAGGCUCGCCAGUUGGUGAAAGGAACCAAUGCCUCACUGUUUGGUUCCCACGGCUUUGUCCGAUUCCUAGAGUGCCAUGUGCUGGUUUUACAGAAAAUGCCAGAGGAUGUCUUCCUGCAAACUCUUGCAGAGACUCGCCGCCAAACCCUCACGUACUUUAAGGAGUUCUUCUCUCGAUGUGUGACCUGCCCUGUCUAUCACCAGUGGGUCUCUGAGCUUAGAGCCUUUGUAAUGAGAAAUGGAAAGAUGUCCUUGACCAACAUCAUCAGACCUUUUGACACCUGCCUGACCAGGAUUUGGAUAGAGGGAGAAUUCCUGGAGGAAAAUAACUCCUUUGAACAAAAUUUGGAAAUACAAAGAUUUGUCAGAGAGGCUGAUGUCAACAAGAAGGAUAAAGAAGAAAUUCAAGAAUGUAUCUGUUAAAACAAACAAAAAUCCUCCGAAGGGACCGUGAUUCUUUUAUUACAUGUAACACAAAACUGUGCCCCCAAGUCUCCUUUUUAAGAUGCUGUAUAUAUACAUAUUAAAUAUGCUAGCCUUUUAUAGUCACCACUAUCUGUAUAUCUUCGUAAAAAUAAAAGCAUGUAUUUCUAAAGCGUGAAA